UUGUGUGUUGUGUUCUGUUCAGUGUUGUGUUGUUGCUGCUGUAUCGGCGCGCCAGGCGCUGCUUAUGCAAAUGUGCUGCGCUGCGCUGCGUCCUCCUCACACAGCGGUGGUCGUCAGAAAUUGCAAUUGCCGUUGCGCCUGCAAGUUUUAUGAAUGAGUCGGCCAAGGGGCACAGGAUCAGCCGCAACGUGAACAGGAGUCGCGCAACGACAACGUCCAUUGGUUGCCGCACUGCCGCAUCCCCAUUCCCAUCAAAAUGGCCUUCAGCUAUGCCUGCCUUGUGCUCCAGCGCGUCGUUGUGCCGGCCGUGCUCGUGUUGGCUUCGCUGAUGCGGCCGGUGGGCAUAUCGUUUGUGUACAUGUUAAUGUUCUUCAUGUCGCCGUUCAUACCACUCGCAACGCGCCGCAACUUCAAGGGUUCCGUCACCGCCUUCUUCAUUAUCCUGGUAGCAUUGAGCGCCUUUGUGCUGCUGGGCCACAUUGCGCUUCAGGUGGCAGCUGUGAGCGUCUCGUUGCCUAUCUACGAUUGCUCCUUCAGCGAACGACUGCUGCGGCACAUUGGCUUCAUGAGUUUCGUAAACUUGCAGCCCACGGCCAUUGUUGAGUGGCUGGCACCGGAGGUUUUGGUCUUUACCACGGCGCUAGCCUCGUAUCUCAGCGUGAAGCGCUUGGCCGCACAAACACUGAGCGCCGAGCAGCUGGAGAAUGGCGAACUGCCAGAAUCGCAGUUGGAGCAUGCUGUUAACCAGCAGGCGGGCAACGUUGCCAACGAUGCCAAUGGUGCCGAUGUGCAACAGGCAACUGCCACCACGCCGCUGCAACAACAGCAGCAGCAGCUGCGCAAACGCGUCUCCAUGAUCAGCCAGCACAUACACUUUGAGGGAUUGAUCAAGAUAUCACCUCUUUUCUGCCUGGCCACAUUGUUUUUUGCGGCCGUACUGCGUCCAUCUGUGCCGGGUGGCUUUUAUUUUCUCAUUUUCCUGCUGGCGGGCACCUACUGGGCAACCUGCCAGACGCUGCAACGUGGCUUUGCUUUGCUGCUGCGCUGCGUGAUGAUCGUCCUUGUGCUGCAUUCGCUGUGCAUUGUUUCCUAUCAGACGCCCUGGAUGCAGAGCCAUCUCAAUAACACCAGCCUGACGGCGCGUUUGAUUGGCCUGGAGCCGCUGAUUGAGUCCGAAUGCGUGCCGGAUAUACGCAUCCUGCUGUACAAUAAUAAACUCACCCUGGACUCGUAUCUGAAUCCGUUCGCCUUGUUCUUUGCCUACUUUGCGCUGGCGCUGACCACAAAGCAUCUCAUCAAGCCGCGGCUGGUGCGGCAGAGCACACGCAAGGCGCGCUCGCCCCAGGCACUGGAGUCUGGCGGUGCGGUUCCGACGGCGUCCAGUGGCUCACGUGGCAAUGAUAUACAGCUGGACUCGCUGGAGAGACGUUCCGAGCAUGAGAAUAAUACCACCUCCAUACUCGAUCAAAUCUCGUACGGUUUUGUCAGCGUCGGCGGCUUCAUCUAUCAGAAUAGCUAUAUAUUCACCAAUAUUCUGAUGAUGGCCUGGUCCAUAGUCUACCACAGCUGGCUGACCUUUGUGCUGCUGCUGUGGGCGAAUGUGCUGUGGAUGAUACCCAAUCAGCGCAAGGCCAUGAUGCGUUCCAGUCCAUUUAUUGUGCUGUAUGCGGAGCUGCUGCUGGUGGCCCAAUAUAUCUAUGGCAUGGAUCUGAACAACGACGAGCUGCCGACCAAGGUCUCAACGGCGGGCAUUAAUUUGCAACAGAUUGGCUUCGAGCGACCCAUUGAGAAUCAAAUGCGUCCGUGCGUGCCGCUGAUAGUGAAGACCGCGUUUGUGCUAAUGUUCUGGGUGACUUCGCGCCAGUUCUUCAAGGAGAAGCGGGACAGACGCCGUGAUAGCACCUUGGCGGACAUUAUAGCGCCGCUGCAGAUAACCGUGGGCUCGGCGGGCUCCACCUACCUCAUCAACGAUGGCAAGAAGACCUCAAAGUUCCUAAAGAAAGCUGGCGAUGUGAUUAAGAAUUUACUGGUGCGCCUCUGGAUCUGGCUGCUGGUGUUGGUCAUCUUUUUGUGCGCCAUUACGGGCGAGGAUAUGACCGGUUUUCGCAUCUGCUAUAUGGCAUUGUUCCUAUUCUUCUUGCUGGUGUUUCAAUCAUCGUCCAAGGCCUGGGUUAAGAUCAUGUACGGCUUUUGGCUGUUCCUAAUCUUUUACGCCAUGUCCAUAUUGAUAUUGAUCUAUACAUAUCAAUUUGAUAAGUUUGACACCUACUGGAAGGACUAUCUCAAUGUGUCCCAAACGCUACAAGCUGAUAUUGGCCUAAAGCUAUACAAGACUAAGGAUCUGUUCCUGCACCUGGUAUCGCCCACGAUUAUUGUCAUAUUGACUGUCAUACAGGUGCACUAUUUCCACAAGCGCUUCAUUGCAUCCCUGCAGCAGCAGCCCGCGUCUGGCGGGGCACAAGGCAACGCCGCCGCCGCCGCACAGCAGAAGCGCACAGAGACUGGUGCCUUGGAAGCACCGCCACUGAAGCGUCGCGGCAGCGCCAGUUCCUUGCGCCGUUCCGUUGGCCCCACAGCUGAGGGCGUAACGGGCGUUGCUACCACCACCGAUUUUGAGACAUCGGUACGGGAUUUGGUGCGCAUCUCGUUCCGCAAGAUCAAAAACAAAUCGGAGUACAUAUUCAAGCGUUUCAAGACCGUCUUCUGGCGCUUCCUGGAGCUGCACAUCAUGAAGGCCGUUUAUAUAGCGGCCUUCGUGUGCAGCGUCAGCGAAGUAUGCGUCCUCCACAUUGUCUUUGUGGGCUUCUGUGUGCUGGGCGCCACAUCUCGCAAGGCUGUGCAGGUGGUUAUCAGUCGCCUGAUUAGCUUUAUAGUUACCAUCAUUGUGCUGUCCAAGAUGAUAUAUCAAAUCGAGUACUUGGAUCAUUCGCAAUAUAGCGUCACCUGCUCGGACAAUCGCACCGCCAACAAUGCCGAAUGGGUGGGUCUCAACAAGGCCGAUAAACUGGAGGGCGGUCUAAUGGGUCUGUUGCGCACCUACAUCAUUUACAUGGUGAUUGUCACCAUGCACGCAGUCAUAUCGCUGCGCCAGCUCCAGAUGCGCGUCAAGAUUGGCGAAAAUAGCGCCAAUCAGCCAAAGCUGCUCUUCCAGAAUAUCACGCGUGCCGAUGCUGAGAAGGAUUUAGUUGGCCUGGCCAAGUAUUUGUUGAACUUUGGCUUUUAUAAGUUCGGCAUCGAGAUAUCGCUGAUAGCCCUUGUCUCGACCAUUACGUACCGUCAGGAUAUUGUUGCGGUAGCCUAUGCCCUGUGGCUGGUCGUCAUCCUGCUGCUGAAGCGUUCGCAGUGUGCCAAAAUGUGGGGCAUAUUCCAGACCUUCUUCGCCAUCUCCAUACUGCUGCAGUAUAUUGUGCUGGUGGGUCUGCCGCCUGGCUGGUGUAUGGUGUAUCCGUGGGAUGAGGGAUCCUUUGGCGAGAGCAUUCAACGCUGGACCAUGCUGCCGGGCGCCUUGAACUUCAAUCAUGUGCCCAAGCUGAUCUUCGAUUUCAUUGUGCUCAUCAUACUGAAUCGCCAGAAGAGCAUCUUCUGCAUUGAGCAGCGGUAUGCCACCAAUGAUGAUUAUCCCGGUGGCAGCAAUCGCAGUGUAAUUGCGGACAUUGCCCAGCUGGGACGUGUGCCAUUUGACAAUCCCACGCAUGAUUUCUGCUCCUAUAUACGCAACUAUUCGGAUAUAUUGAAGAACGGCGUUUUGUGUGGCUUCUAUUGGUUCACCUUGGCUGUGGUCUUUCUGGCGGGCACGAAUAUAGCGGAUCUGCUGGCGCUGGGCUAUUUGAUUGGCGCUUUUGUGUUCCUCUGGCAGGGCUCUGAUUUUUAUUUGCGUCCCAUCAAAACGAUUAUCAGUCGCUGGAAAUGGCUGCUGGCCUUCAAUGUGGCCAAUAUACUGAUUAAGACGAGCUUCCAAAUGGCGGGCUGUUUAUUUAUGACGCCGCUGACCAACAACUGCUGCUGGCUGGUGCAUAUGUUGGGCAUUACCUGCACCAGCAAUGUGCUCAAGGAGCCGGAGCUAGUGCCCGGCGAUGAGACGGAUCUACUGAUUGGACCCGAUGGCUGCCCCAAGAUCACGCAUCAAAUUGUGCUGCUCUGGGAUGCGAUUUGUUUUGCGUUUAUCAUAUUUCAGUUGCGCAUCUUUAAGUCGCAUUAUUUCUGUCACAUCAUCACGGACACCAAGGCGAACAAUAUACUCGCCUCCAGAGGCGCGGACAUUAUUGAGAGCCUGCGGCAGAAGCAAAUUGCACAUCGUCAUGACCAUGAGAAGCAGGUGCUGCACAAGAUCAAGCGCAAAAUGGAACGCAUACGUGCCACACAACAGAAGAUGCUGCGUCCACUGGACAAACAGACCCACUUUGAUGACCAUGGUUAUCCACUUCCUGCACCAACAGUACGCAGAAGGAAGGAAAUUAAAUUGCAUCCACAUGCUACGCGCGCCGGCGACUAUUAUAUGUUUGAGGAAAUGGAUGACAAGUUCGAGCUGGAUUUAAUACACGAUGAGAUUGAUUUUCUCGAGGAGGAAAACAUAACGGAAAGCGAAAUGAAAAUGCAGCGACGCAAGACGCUAUACGAUGUUUGGAAGGAUCUAAACGAUGCGGAAUAUCGUCGUCAUUUGUAUAUGCGCGAGCGUUCCUAUGCCUCCGAGCCGGGCUCUCGCAUCGCGCUCAAGGAUAUGGCCGCCUAUAGUCUGGAUGAGCGGGAUGAGCUGGUGGCUGGUGUGGAUCACGUGGCUGAUGACGUGGCCGACAACAAUCGUGUUGAUGCUGAUGAUGACGAUGAUACCAUUGAGUGUGACGUGGGCGUGCGCACCUCGACGCUCUCCGAGCCGGUUGACUUUGGUCGACGCAGUCAGACGCUGCUCGAUACCCAAACGCCGCCUCCAGUUCAGGCAGUUAAAUCAAAGGAUGCGCCCACCGAUUUCUUUCCCUCGACAAGCAAGGGCAUCUCCAAGGAACGCGAUGCGGCGGCCACCACGAGCAGCCCCAAGCCAGCUGCCAAGGAUGUGGCCGAUUUGCCAACAACUGCAGCAUUGGCGACGGCAGCGCCACGUGAGGCCACCUCCAAGGAGACCUCGGACAGUAAAUCGAAAAUGGAACCGGAUAGCGGCGAUGUGACGGCCAAGGAUUCGGAUGAUGAUUUCGAUACGAAUCCCAUUAUACGCCUGCUGGAGGGCUUUCUGGUUACCUUGACCAUCCGCCUGAAUCGCUUCUCGCGCAAUUAUCGCUUUGUCAAUCGCAUUUUGGCGGGCGAGAAGAAAACUCUCAAAGAAUCCAGCUCGCUGAAUCGUUUGGGCCUCUCCAGCGCCGCGGCCAUGUUCCAUUUUCUGAAAUCGAAUCUCGAGAGUGAUGAAAACGGUGGUCAGCCAGUUUCAUCAUCUACACCGCGUCGCUCACAGCUGGCCACAACAACAACACCGCCCACAGCAACAACAAUAUCAGACAAUGAACACUUCAGCACACCACUUAACACAAAUACAACAACCACACCGCUCACACCGCCAGAACAAGAACAACAGCAACCACCACAUCCACACGAUAAACCACCAGCAACCAGUACGCCACAGCAAUCACAUCCAGUCGACGAUAUCAUCGAAAUGCCUGUAGAUACCGUUGAUGCAGCAAGCUCUAGAAAACAAUCAAUCAGUUCAUCGCCGCCAACGAAAGGCCGCAAAUCGGACUGCGGCCUGCCCGAGAUACGCAUUAAAGCGCCAUCUAUUGAGCGCAGCGGGCAGCAGCAGCAGCAGUUACCGCAGCCGCCUCCGCAGCCGUCUCACACGCCCCAUCAUCAUCAUCAAGCGCAUCAUCAGCAGCAGGCGAGCAUCGGUUCGGGUUCGCUCAGCAAGCACUGGUCCUACGAGCACGUGGACAGCGCUGGUGAAUUCAAUCUGGAGGAGGAGAACUUUGCGCAGCGGGAUCAUCACAUCAUUGUCGAGGUGCUAAUUUCCUCCUGGUAUGCGCUACUGGCCAAUACGGAUCUCAUUUGUUAUAUUGUCGUGUUCAUCAAUCAGGUGGUCAAUGCCAGCCUCAUCUCUUUGCCGCUGCCCAUUAUGGUGUUCCUUUGGGGCACACUAUCGCUGCCGCGUCCCACGAAAACAUUUUGGGUCACAUUGAUUGCCUACACGCAGGCCAUUGUGCUGAUCAAGUGCAUCUUUCAGUUCAAAUUGAUUUGGGCAAACUAUCACAAUUUGCCCAAUCAGCCGCUCGCGCCGGCCAAAAUCUUUGGCGUCGAGAUGAAAACCCACUAUGCGGUCUAUGAUUUGAUAUUGCUACUGGUGCUGUUCCUGCAUCGCUAUCUGCUCAAAUCACAGGGCCUGUGGAAGUCCGGCUACAAGGAUGUAGAUCAGCAGUUUACCAAGCCCACGGCCAGCAUCGAUGAUCGCGAGGAUAGCGAUAAUAUGUCACAGCCGGACUCUCGCCAGCUAAAUGAGGAUGCCACACAGAAGCUCAGCCUGCAGGUUAGCCAGGUCUCGCUGCCUGGCUCGCCCGAGUACAGCAAAUCGGCGAUCAAUCAAUUGGAACGCACUAAGUAUACGUCCUCGUUGCACAAGUUCUUCUUUAGUUUGGUGCACAAAUCCCGCCUGGCCACUGAUGUCUAUGCGCUGAUGUUCCUCUGCGAUUUUGUGAACUUCUUUGUGCUGCUCUUCGGCUUUACCGCAUUUGGCACUCAACAAACGGAGAGCGAUGGCGGCGUCCAAACCUAUUUGGCAGAGAAUAAGGUGCCGGUGCCGUUUCUGAUCAUGUUGCUGGUGCAGUUCCUGUUGAUUGUCAUCGAUCGAGCACUUUAUCUGCGCAAGGCUUUGGUCAACAAGAUCAUAUUCCAUUUCUUCUCGGUAAUUGGCAUACACAUCUGGAUGUUCUUUGUGGUACCUGCUGUGACGGAGCGAACAUUCAAUUCGCUCGCACCGCCGAUUAUAUUCUAUGUGAUCAAGUGCUUCUAUAUGCUGCUGAGCUCCUAUCAGAUCAAGUCGGGCUAUCCGAAACGCAUUCUGGGUAACUUCUUUACCAAGGGCUUCUCGAUGGUCAAUAUGAUUGCGUUCAAGGUAUACAUGCAGAUACCCUUCCUGUACGAGUUGCGCACCAUACUCGACUGGGUGUGCAUUGAUAGCACCAUGACCAUCUUUGAUUGGCUUAAAAUGGAAGACAUCUUCUCGAAUAUAUAUCUGAUACGCUGCACCCGGCAAUCGGAAACGGAUUUCCCUGCGAUUCGCGCACAGAAAAAGCCCUCCCUCUCCAAGCUAAUAAUGGGCGGCACUGUUGUUUUAUUGAUUGUCAUCUGUAUUUGGGGACCGCUCUGCUUGUUUGCGUUGGGCAAUGCCGUGGGCACCUCGAAUGUGCCCUAUCAGGUGUCGGUGUCCAUACGCAUCGGUCCCUACGAUCCCAUAUAUACGACCAAUAACUAUGAUAGCAUAUUUGAGAUUGACUCCAAGAUGUAUGGCCAGAUGACGAACGCGUUCAUUAAGAACAAACAGGCGUUGACCUUUAUAGCUGGCUACGAUGCUACCGAUGUGGCUGCUGUCAAGCUGGCGGGCAACUCGCCCUCACUGUGGAAUAUAGCUCCGCCGGAUAGGCAGCGCUUGGCCAACGAUUUGCGUAACAAUCACACGCUCAUUGCGCGCUUUUCCUAUUCGCUGACUCGCAAGGCGCCCGCCAAGGGUCUCAAGGAAAACGUGGGCGAUGAGCACAUCAUCAAGCUGGAUGAAACGUUCGCGGGACGCACUGCACUUAUCAAUAUGCUCGACGAGACAUAUGAGCAACUAGAGGGCAAAGUCAAUAGCAAUGCCAAUGAGACCACCAAUGCCAAUGGCGCCAGCAGUAUAAACGACACCACCAAUGCGAAUAGCACCACCAACGCCAAUGGCACCACCAAUGCCAAUGCCACCAUCCCAGCCAAAAACGCAAGCGAGGUGGUCGUGGUGCUGCCAAGCAUGAUACCCAAGUUCAUCAAGGUGCUCAACUCGGGUGAUGCGUUUGUCGUGACUGUACUGAGUGGUAAGGAGCAGGAGUAUCGACCGUUGGUUAUUAAAAUGCAUCGCGAUAAUGCAACUAAUGGGCUCUGGUGGGAGAUACGCGAUUUUUGCUCUGACAGCUUUUACAUGAACACGCUUAAGGACUUGCCCUACAGCGAUUGCAGCUCGGGCAUCGUCAUGUACACGUUUAACGACAAGAAAUUCCCAUCGACCUUCAGUUUUCUUACAGCGGGCGGCAUCAUUGGUCUUUAUACUACAUUCGUGUUAUUGGCCUCGCGAUUCAUGAAAUCGUUUAUUGGUGGCCAAAAUCGUAAAAUCAUGUUUGAGGACUUGCCCUACGUGGAUCGGGUGCUGCAGCUGUGCCUAGACAUAUACCUGGUGCGUGAGGCACUGGAGUUCGCUUUGGAGGAGGAUCUUUUUGCCAAAUUACUCUUCCUGUAUCGCUCACCCGAAACGCUGAUCAAAUGGACGCGCCCUAAGGAGGAUUAUAUGGAUGAUGAUGGCGACACCGAUUCCAUACCCAGUCGCAUGAGCGUGCGUCGACCCGAGCAGCUACAACAACAUCAAUAUCAACAGCAACAACAACAAUAACAUAGGUCUAAUCUAAAUGUUUGAGUUAAUUAGAAUCUUGUUUACGUAUGUUUAGUACGUAUGUUUCGUUAACGUAGGUUUCAUAGUCCUUUUUUAAAUUUAUACAGCAAUUAGUUAGAUAAACAAUAUACAGAAUACACACACACACACACACACACACAUCAAUACACUUACAAUUAAUUACAAUAUUUAUGUAGUUAAACUUUGUCAAGUACUGCCGUGUGUAAAAAAAAACCCGUGUAAACGUUAAAGGAAUUUGUACACCAACUAAUUAGAUAGUUAGUGCGUGUUCUAUAGGGCAUACAAUACCUUUAUGCAUACUAUAUAGGAAUUGUAACUAAAACCAACAGUCUAACUAAUUUUAAGUAAGCGAAAAGUGUUGCAGUUUGUUAACUUAAAACUAAAAUUGAUUAGCUAAACGAAUUGAUAGAGAAUUUGCCUAAGUUAAUAUCUAAGUCAUAUAAAAGAUUAAUAAUAUAAAUAAUAAUAAUGAGAACUCAUAUUCAGGGAUUUUUAGCAUUUUACAAAUAACUUUAUUGUAAAACAUAUAAUUAAAAUAUGCAUGAAGCAUUCAACUUAUUUGUGUAAGUUAAAUCAUAAAACAUAAUUAAUAAAUGUUUUAUAUUUAUAUAUACAUAUAUAAAUAUUUAUAUUUAUAUUAAAUGUAAUGUCUCAUAUAUCACAUGUAAAUGUAAUUCGUGUCGUGUGCGCAAACUUCAAAUUACAUCAAAUAUUUUCUACGUAAAUAUGUAAUUAUGUUGCCUUAGAAAACAAAACAAAAGUGAAUUGAUAUUAUGUAUUGUAUAUGUUGAAAAGUUUGUUACGGACUUAACUAUUAUCAUAUAUAUAUAUUUAUAUCUGUGUGUGUUGCAUAUAUAAAAGCGUUGAAUUUAUUUCUAGGCAUAUCAUAUAUAUCACAUAUUGUUUUUUAUAUCGUAUGCAAAUAUCAUUUGCUUUACUGCUAGACCGCAAUUUCAUAUCAAAAUGCAAGAAUUAUAAAACGCUUUAAAUGUGUUUGGCUUCAAAUCAAUAUCAAAGCUAUCAAAGCUAUUAUGCCUUUAUACUAAAUACAUAUACAUAUGUAUCUCGAAUAGGCAAUCUCCAAUUAGCUAUAGAUUAAAUACACACACCCAACAACAACUAUACGUGCUAUUUUAUACAUACAUAUUAAAACGAAUAAAUAA